CUCAAUAAUAUUAAUAAAUAAUCCUCGCCCGGCCCAAAAGGGGAAGGUUCAAAGAAAACCAACCCCGAAGCAUCAAGUAAGGUAGCCAACUUCAUCAACAGUGACGAAAUGUAUCUUCUGGCGGCACUCCCGGCCCCAGGCUGUCAGUGCGCCCGAACGAUGCAGAACCACUGCAUGAAAAAGGAUGGGCGGGGAGCCAUGGGGAUAGGCUGCCCGGAGCGGAGGGGCCUUGGGAUUUACCCAGCGAUCAACAACGGUCGUCAUAGUAUACGGACGGACGGUUUGUCUGUUCGCUCGGCCCACGCGGUAGACAACCAACAGAUGCGGGUAAUCGAAAUUGAAGUCAGGUCCGACGGUUGCCGGAUGGGAACUAUCUAUCUACUAGUAUCUACAUUCCCCAGAUGAAUACUAUCCUAUCUUUGGAGUACAUCUGCCUAGGGGCCCAUCCGAUGGGGGUCUUUAUUUCGGCAGUCAAUGCAGAUCCCUCACUCAGAUAGCCGACAAUGUGAGGAUUGGAAAUGC